GUGUGUUUGUUUUGUAGCCCGUGCAGGAGUGAGGCACCGGGGAGCAGCGGAGCUGUCAGGGCAGCAGGUGGACUUCCUCGGUCUCUUCUCCCGGGUGGAGCCCCAGCGGAGGGAGCCGGCAGCGGGGUACGCACUUUCUGCGUAUUCGAGUUUGUCCGUCGCGUCUUUCAGAGCAUUAUCUGAGCAGCCAUGACUUCUGUGUGGAAGCGGCUUCAGCGGGCUGGAAAGAAGGCGUCCAAGUUCCAGUUUGCUGCCUCCUUCCAGGAGCUGAUGGUCGAAUGCACGGAUAAAUGGCAACCAGACAAACUGAGGGUGUCGUGGAUCAGGAGAACCAGACGUCACAGCACAAAGCUCCACAGCUGGCAGCCGGGGAUCAAGAACCCGUACAGAGGCCUGGUGCUUUGGCAGGUUCCAGAGAGUUUAGACAUCAGCGUCACACUCUUCAAGGAACCAACUGCAGAUGAGUUCGAGGACAAAGAGUGGACAUUCGUCAUAGAAAAUGAGACCAAAGGCCGCAGGAAGGUGUUGGCAUCAGCAGAUGUGAACAUGAAGAAGUUUGCCAGUGCCACACCGACCCAGUGUGAUGUCACACUGAAGCUCAAACCGCUGUCUGUCAAAGUGGUGGAAGCCACGCUGAAACUGAACCUGUCGUGUGUCUUUCUCAAAGAGGGCAAGGCCACAGAUGAGGACAUGCAGAGUCUGGCCAGUCUGAUGAGCAUGAAACAGAGUGACAUCGGGAACCUGGAUGACUUCAUCGACAGUGAUGAUGAAGGUGGUGAGGAGAGGAGGACCAGCUUUGGACAAGCUACUCAUGUUCCUGCCUCUGUCUCUAUCAUGAGAGUACAUGACUUGGCUUGGAGGCCUAUAGUUGAAUCAGGCCCCACAGAGAUGGAUGGGAAAACCUCUGGCAUUUCCUCCACCAUUUCGUCUCGUCCUCCUGUGCCUGAACCCCCAGACUCCUCUGUUCCAUCUUCUUUAUGCACACGACCACCAAGCACUACCCAGCAGGCUCGGCCCUCCCCCUUUGCCUACACACUGCCUGCCUUUACUCGUGCUCACCCUCCUGUGCUUCCCAGAAUCUUCCAGCCCGCUGCCGGAUCAGUGCCCAGUACAGCUUCAAGAAGGCCCCAUAGCUUUCACAGCUUGGAGGCCUUCGCUACCUUCACCCCUUCUAAAGCCACCUCCACCUCUUCUCUCUCCCCCUUCCCCCUCGUUCCAUCGCUCCGCCCUCCCACUUUCUCUGAUACCUCACAAACAGCCUGUCCCACGGCCUGGAGAGCACACGGCGUUCCUUCCCUCCCUUCUGCAUCCUCCUCAUAUUCGGCUCCUCUCAGCUCCUUCUCUCCUACUCCCUCUGUACCUCCACCUCCCGCUGCUUCCAGACACCCCAAAGCUUGCUUCUCCUCUGUGGGGGAGUUGGGCUCGGCCCUCACCAGGCCCAGCAGCCUGCCAUCAGCCCCAGAGACAGCUCCGUGGCAGAGUGAAUGGAGGCCUGCGAAAUCGUAUGCGCCUCUAGCACAGCCCGCCUGCUCCCCUAAGUUUCUGCGUUUCUCCACCAAUGAUUCUGGACAGCACAUAGAGAUGCCAUCUUCGUCCUUUUUGGAGGAGCAACCACAGGCGGAAUCUGGAUUCGUUCCUUCUUGGAGACCCCGAACUCCCCCUAUAGUCGAGACCCUCUCACUUUCUCCUUUAAGUCCUUCUUCUGCUCUUGUUCUCUUUGAGCCUCCUCCUCCUCCUCUUCUUCUCCCAUCUUCUGAGCCUUAUAAAUCCCAAACAGCAACAACCUCCAACAGUGACCAAGAUGCAGAAUUCAAAAGACAGUUAAGCACGCUGCGUGAAGAGGACAACCCGUGUAUGACUGUCACAACUCCUGAUCCCACAGCGCCGGUCAGCCGCAGGCCAGAACCCCCCGGGGCUUCAGAGAGGGGAAGAGACGCACAUUUGGGAAUACAUGUUGUGAAGGCAUCAGCAAGACCUGAGAGCAUGGCUUCACUCCUGCCUCUAAGCCCAAGAAAGCCCGUAGCCCAAGGACUAAAAUAUUUUGAAAUGCCAAAAACACAGAUGAAUCAAACAGAUUCAAGGCCAACAACAACAUUCUUGAGCAUUCAGCCAACAGCUCUUCCCUUCACUUCAGCACCUAAGCUAAACCGUGCUUCAGUCAAAGGGCCUUUGGUUCAAUCAAGAAGUCACUUGUCCAUGAAGUCCAUUCAGUUAGAAAAUUCACUUUCCCAACUGGAGCCCAAUCAUCAGAUUUCUCCUUCCAACCCCAAGCCAACCUGCAGACCACUUCAGGGACUUUUGUUGCCAUCUUCUCAAAUUGCCACAGGGUCUGACACAAAACCGAUAGCAGUGGCCUCUAAAAAAGAAGCUGUAACUGUGGAUUUGGGAAAUGAGAGCAUGGCUGCUCCGUCUGGAGAAAAGUCAGUUGAGAAAAACUCACAGUGGGAGAAGCCACAAAGAGACUCUCAAAAAAUAAGCCCCGCUGUUCCAAUACCCAUUAUGGAGAAGAAAACCAGAUGCAACAUAACUGCCUCAGACCAAGUGAAUUCAAGAUUGAACCCUUUUCUCUCUGCAGAGCAAGUCACAGCAGAGAAUUUGUCAAAACAAGGAGAAGAAUUCAAAGUGGAUUUUGCAACAUCUUCCACAAAACACUUUGGUGUGCGUGUUUUUGACCCACGACAUUGUAUGGAGAUUAAAAAUGUGUCAAGCUCUGCAGGCAGUACAGAAGAAAUGUGCUUGUACACAUCAACGGUGGAACUUGGUCCUCUAUGUACAACAAAAAGUUAUAUUUCUCAAUCACCGUCCACUCUACGGCCUGAUGUUCCGAUUGGAGGCACACGAGGCCUUCCAAGAAUGAUUAAGUUACAAUCAAGUUGCCCACAAUAUUCCCAGAUUCCUGGCACACCAUCUUUGUAUCAAUCAGAGAUUACAGCUUGGCCUGAUUGGAGGUUAUUGACUCCAAAGUUACCAAGCAACAGAUUUCCUUUACUCAUGCACUCGGACAUUAGUUAUCUUUUUAAGAGUAGUAAAGGACUUUCAAAAAUGGUGGACAUUACACUGUCCUGCCCAAGGUCUGCCAGUAUUCCAGGAUUCCCAUCUGCUUGGAAGCAUGAACCAAAUAUGACUUCUCUUUUACCUAUUUGUCCGAAAAUUAGCAGUAUUCCAGGGUUAGCUUCUGCUGGAUCAGUGAAUGGGUUUGAAAAUAAUGUUUGUGACAGUGGUUCUCUGUGGAAGAAAAAAUUGCAGCUCAAAGUCGCUUUUAUUUCGUCCUGUUUUCAGGAGCAAGCUGUUACUGAUACUAAUAUGGUUAACGUUAUGGUUGCCAUGUUGCCAACAUGUUGUAGAAAGGCGAGAAUUGCAGGAUUUCCUUCCGCACCAUUGCACAAUGUUCCAAGUAUUUCGAAUAUGGCUAGUCACCUCCCUACGUGCAUACAUAAUUCUCAAGGUGCAAGUCAGGAUCCAGACAAAAGAGAAAUAUUCAGUACAGUAGCAUUGUUGCCUUCAUACCCUGUAAGAACCAGCCUUCUGGGUAUCUCCAAAGGACCCCAGAAGCUAUUACUGAGUAUUGCCAGUAUUGUACCUCUAUGCCCUAAACAGAGCAAAACUCCUGGAAUGUUGUCUCAAAAUCACAACAUUUCAGACAAUAAAGAUUGGCAUGCCUUGAGGAAAUUGAUCAUAAUGAGACCAGAGAAGAAAACAACAUCUUACCUGGAUCAUUGGACAGUGAAAGACAAAGAUAUGUUAGAUAUGCUGAGAAGCUUUUGUGUGGAUGAAAACACAGCUAAAAAUAUGAGUGCAAUAUUACCCUCCUGCCCUGAUAAAGUUAGUGUUCCUGGGUUUCCGUCUGCUUUGACACUGACGUUUACCAAUGGCCCAACUAUGGUGAAAUUAUUGCCAAGUUGUACAGAGGCAUCUAGAAUUCCUGGAAUGUCACUACGAGACACAAGCAAACAAUCAGAGUGGCUGAUGGGAAGCAAAUCGCUGCUGCGUCCUCAGGAAAAGUCGGCAAUGGAAUUCCAUUUACUCGAUGUAAAUGGGUUCUAUUCUGAUAGUGAUGUGAUCAGAAAUAUGUUAUCAAUAUUGCCAUCUUGCCCACAGACAGCUUGUUUACCAGGUUUUCCAUCAGCGCCAUCUAAGGUGUUAGCAGAUAUACCAACUAUGAUCAAUUCAUUGCCUACAUGUCCCAGACAUUCCAGCGUAUGCGGAAUUCCUUCUAGAUACUACGGUUAUUAUGAUGAGGCUGAAUGGAAUGUGUAUAAAAGGCCAGUGUCGGAACGGCCAUUAACAGGGAAACUGACAGGGAAAAUGUCAGUAAUAUAUGACCAUAAAAUGCAUAUUAAAGACAAAGCAGUGGUUAAGCUAAUGGUAUCAAUGUUGCCACCCUGUCCAAAACACUCAUUUAUUCCUGGAAUUUCCUCUCAGGCAGGAGCGAGAUCAGUGGACGCUGUGAUCAGAGAGGAUCAAACCAUGUUAAAAACUAAGGCCAUUUUCCCGCAACAACGUGAAAUUCUGCAUGGAAAUAGUAGUGCAAAAGAUUGGGAUGGCUGGUAUGUCGACAAGGACGUAGUUUGGAAAAGCUCAUUCAAUAGAAGGCAUGGAUUUGUCCACAAAGAUUUUAAGGACAAGGAUCCAUCCUAUAGGGACAAAGAAAUGAUGCUGAAUAUGCUAGAAUCAUGUCAUUCACGGCCCCUGAACCCUGGAACUCCAUCCGCUUCACAACAGCAGGUUCUUGAUGCCACUUUGGAAAAACAUCCAAACAUGGUAAAAUUGCUACCAUGUUGUCCACAACGGUCAAGUAUUGUCGGUUUCCCCUCAAGACGGUCAGUUAUUCCUGAUUCUGAAGUAGGGGAUUGGCCAGUGGUGAUGAAGAUGCAAGACUGCAGUGAAUUUCACACAAUGUAUAGUUCUCCCCACAAAGAAAGAAUGAUGCCAAUGGAUUCUCUUUAUCCUUCCUGUCCAAACGCUCUCAGUUCUUACUUCCCAACAGUUACAAUGCCUGACAUAAAUUGGCUUCCAAAUAUGGUAAAUAUUGUGCCAUCUUGCCCAAAGAAAGCCUCUGUGCUUGGGGUGCCAUCCACACAUGUGCACCUUACAGAAAAGGAGUGGCAAGGAACGGCGAUAAUUAGAAGUGAAAGGGAAAACCAUACGAAUGAACAGCUCUCAAUGGAAGAACGUUUCUUUGGUAAGAUUUCUGUCAGAGAAGGAUCAAAACUGUCCCUACUCCCGAGCCAAGAUGUAUCAGAGGAUGUUCAACAAGGAAUGACAUUGGAGUCAUCAAGCUGGCAUGUCGAGGCCAUUGUGAAAGACUUACCAUCAUCAAAUUCUGAGCAUCAGCCAUCCUCCAUAGUUAAUGGGAUGGAAACUUUAUGGGAUGAGGCCAGUCCAAUAGGAUUCGAUCUAGACACAGAGACAACUAAAUCCAAUGUCUGCUCAGAUUUGGAGGGAUAUAAAGAUGAAAAGGGCUUUUGGAUACCUAUUGAGGCUGAAGAAAAAGAUGUUGGAGGAAACCUGCAUUGCAGAAUGUGGCACUCCAUCCCUCACAUGCCACUGUUGUUGAGUGUUAGGAAGAGACAUGAAAACCUGGUUUCACUAGAGCCAUCAUGCCAAGUUGUUGCUGGUGCAACACAACGUCUGUCUCAAACCCAAAUAAAUAAUGCUGAGCAGCGGUUACAAAAACCUCCCACAAACAGGACCAUAGUAUGGGAAGAGCUACCAAAGGCAUCUACAGUAAAAUGUCCAACAGACCAGACCAUACUAUGGGAGGAGCUACCAAAGGCGACUCAAGAGACAACACAAAACUCAUCUGAGAAAGAACUGGAAAUGACAAGAGAAAUGAUCAGCCUCUCUUCUACAGUAUCGAAAGCUGGUGAUGUGAAGAAGACAAAUAAAGAAGCUGGGAUUGCAGAUCUAAUGCCAAUAUACCCAACAGUUGGCAACAUAUUCAAAUUCACUGUUACUGCUGAACAAACAGAGGAAUGCCUACUGAACAGCAAGUCUACGUGGGAUUUGCCAUCAGAGGCGAAGGAAGUUGUGCAUAAAACGUCUUCCCCCCCUUCUGCACAAUAUGCGGCAUACUAUAUGAAGACAGAUUUAUUGCUUGUCUGUCCCAGUAUGACAUGCAUUGCUGGAAUGCCGUCUAGAUUGCCCGCAAAAGAAAACCACUGGUUUGCAGAUCAAAAGCCAAUCUGGGAGAAACAAUCAAAAAUCAAGGAAAUAUUCGCACCAUAUGCGUUAAAGGAUGAUGAAAUCAACGAUAUGGUUUUAAUAGUACCUUCUUGUCCCAGACAGGCUAUAAAUCCAGGUUUUCCUUCUGCACCACUAUACAGUUUAGUUUGUUUUUGUCCAAGUGUAUCCAGUACACCUGAUGGUUCAUUUAUUGAUGAAACCAGCAACAGAUCACAGGUUCCUCAGCAUGUUCCAAAAUUGGAAAAUAAAAUGAAAACUGAACAAGUUGUAAUGACAGCAUCACUAAAAGAGAAGGAUCAAUUUAGACUGGAAUCUUUGGAACCAACUUGCCUAAGACGUUCUUGCAUACCAGGCAUCCCAUCAAUUACACAACCUGGUAUAGCAUGUCAUGGAUCCGAUAUGACGAGCCUUCUAAGUUCUUGCCCCAAAACAACUUGUAUUGAAGGUGUUCCAUCAUUAAUGGAACCAUUAAGGAAAAACUGGCCUGCAGAUGACAAACCCUUUGGGGUAAUUCGAACAAAAAAAUACAUUGUUAUGAUUGAAGAGAGACCCCACUACGAUGACAUGAACAAUGGCAUGAGAGCCAUGUCAGCUUUAGCCCCAACAUGUCCAAAAUCAUCAUGUAUUGUUGGUUUUCCUUCAAUGCAAAGAGAUGACAGCAAAAACUGUAACACUUUUCCUCAGUUGUUAUGGGAGAAGCAAAUGAAAAAUACUUCUUUAAUAAUACUGGAAAAUGCUAAAAUUAAAGAAGACAUGACAGGAGUUGUGUCUCUUGCACAAAAUUGCCCAAAAGAAUCACUCAUCUCUGGCUUUCCCUCGGUCCCAAAAACAAGGGUAAACAAUGUUGACCUGACAAAUAUGGUCAGUCUUUCAAGCUCAUGCUCAAAAAGGUCACAAAUACCAGGAUUUCCGUCAUCUUGUAAUUCAAAAGAAUGGAAAAUGAGCGGGAAACCCCUAUUUGAAUGUAAAUUGCAAGCAAAGACAGUGUCAUGCAUCGACAGAAGUGAAGGAGAUAAGAGAUCAAUGAAAGCAAUGGUUGCUCUUGUACCAUCCUGUCCAAAAGAGGCAAGGGCGCCAGGAUUUCCUUCUCAUCCAAAUUCCCAAAACAUUUAUAAUGCACCAAAUAUAAGUCUUUUUCCAUUGUGCUCGCAAGUUUCCAAAAUUCCUGGAUUCCCGUCAAUUGAUCUGAAUGUUAGUGUAGGAUGGGUAACCGCAAAGGGGUCAUUGCUGAAGAGCCUACCAAAGAGGACGGUCAUAUUUGAGACACCAAAUAACGAUAGAAACAUUAUGAAUUCUAUUGUUUCAUGUGUACCGUCCUGUCCGAAAAAGACAAGAAUCCCUGGUUUCCCAUCUAUUCCAAAUCCCAAAACGGUGUAUCAUGGCCUAAAUGUAGUCAACCUCCUUCCUUUGUGCCCCCUUGUUUCUAUCAUACCUGGAUUUCCAUCGGUUAAAAGUCACAAGGAAGAUGGACGGUCUCCUGAACUGGGUCCAUUAAUGCACAGACCACUGAAGAACAUUCAGUUUAGGAUAAACAGCUCACCAGCUAACAACGACAAACUAAACAAUAUGAUAUAUUUGGUUUCUUCUUGUCCAGGAGCAUCAAAGAUUCCAGGCUUUCCCUCUGUUCCCAAAUACAACAUGCUGAGUAUUGUCCCUAUUUGCUCCAAAGUAUCCAAUCUCCCUGGAUUUGCAUUCUUAGAAGGAACCUCAAAAUUACAAUGGGUUUUUAAUCCACACACUUUGUGUGAUAAGCCAUCAAAGGAGACAGUAUUCCUAAUGGACAGUCCAAAUGAAGACCCCAAAUCUGCAAAGACAAUGUUGGCCUUAGUGCCAUCUUGUCCAGAAUCAUCCACAAUCCCUGGCUUUCCCUCUGCACCUCGAGCCAAAUCCAAGAUUACAAAUAUGAUAUGCUUUGUACCUUGCUGUUCCAGGGCUUCAAGUCUCAAAGGAUUUGCAUCCAUGUCUGCAAUCCAAAAUUCAGGGUGGCUUAAUGAAACCAAACCAAUUUUGCUAAAUCCAGGCAGAAGAAGAAGGGCAGGCAUCAUUUUGCCACUUGUUGAAAAGAACGAGCCGUCUUGCUACAGCAUGAGAGACAUGGUGACAUUAGUGACAUCCUGCCCCAAAGAAGCCAGAGUUCGCGGUUUUCCGUCUGCUCCAGUUACAAACAGACCACCAAAUAUGAUCAGCUUAUACACGUCCGCUCCGUGUGUUUCAUGCAUCCGAGGUUGCCCAUCAGCGAGGAUGCUUAGCUCUGAAUGUCAAAAUAUACAAACUAGGACAACUCACAUCAAGUCAUUGUCUAAGAAGUCGCAGAAUGAGAAGGUUUGUGUCAUUGCAAAUUUUCCAGCCAAACAUGAAGAAGAUGAAAUGAAGUAUAUGGUAGCAAUGGUUGCUUCAUGUCCACAUUCAACUGGAACCCCUGGGCUUCCCAGCAUUUCACAAUUGAAUUCAGCAGAGAAAGGAAAAGGAAUCAUUCAAGUCGGCUGUUCUACUGGGACGUAUGCAGCCCAACGAGCACGUUCAACACAGUCACAUCAAAAAGACCCAAGAAUGCCUGGUGUUCCUUCCACAUGUCUUAGCUUCUCCAACACACCACUUGCAUAUGAGGAGAAGUUCAAUGGAGGUGCAAAGCAAAACAUAGAUCUUUGUGUAGACAACAGCAAAUCACAAAUAGAGAGGACAGUAGCAGAAGUAGCCCAGACACCAGACACAGCGGGAGUCUUGGGUUGGGAAAUGAUGGAGGCACAGGGAACGAUUACAGAAAGCCAAGGAACGGAUUCUUUCCCUGCAAAAGUGGAAGAUACAUCGGGAUUAGUAAAUGCUAUUGUGGGUGUUUUCAACAAAGGAUCCUGGUUUCACUCACUCACUCCAGUGUCCAUGUCUCACAGUUAUGAAACAGUAGCAUCUAUUUUGGGGCCGUCCAGCUCUACUUUAGCUGAAGUGGAACACCAACCCAGGGCUGGCUCUUCUAAGGAUCUGAAAGACAAGUCAUUGACCUCUUCAGAUGAGUUUUCAACACAUUUUGCUGGAAGCACUACUUCCAUACAGAAGAUAGAGGGCCAGUUGGAAGACAUUCACACCAAAGAUGAAAUUGAAUAUCCGGCAAGUGUUGAGCCAUACAUGUUGGACUUGGAAGGUGACCGAUCAGCGUCUGCAUCACCAACUACCGACAAUGGUGACAGGUUUUUGGUUUGUGCAAGCAUUAGGAAAUGGCCUCCGCUGACAGAGUCCGAUAUUACUGAAGUAUCAAAGGAGAAUAGUGAACAAGUAGAGGAGCAAGAGGCCUUCCUUGAAAAAUGUCAUGCAGAGGAAAUAUCGCUUACAGGGCAGGAUUCACAUUGUACAGUGCACGUUGAAAGCUUGUUAGCGAGACAACAGAUGGAGACAGAAAAGGAUGAAGUUAGAACAGACUCAACUUCAUCACAGCUGAAUAAAGGCCCACAACAAAUAAACAUGGAAGGAAUUACAUCAAAUGAGUCACGGACAAAUUCCAAUGUUCACAGUGAGAAACUUGUGGAAAAACCCUCAUCUAUUCAGGACAUUAGUCUAGUUGGACCACAUGCUAGCAUUGCUGACCGUGGAAGAAAGCCCCAGAGAAAUGUUCCAAAACCUCAACCGAGAAGGUUUGAUCAAGAUAAAUAUACUAUUCCAGUACGACCACUCAGAAGGAAGGAUAGUUUAACCUCAGACUGCAAACAAAAAUCUGAUGUUGUGUCGGUCGAUCUCCUCCCUGAGGUUUUUCCAGUCCAAUAUCUAGGGGAAAAUACUAGUGGGGAGAUACAACCUACCACUGCCCCAUAUUGCCAGAUGGAUAAAGAAGCCAGUAGCAUUACUGGUGUGCCUCAAGAUGGUCAUGCCCAAAAAAGUGAUAGUGCUCAAGUAACUUCACUCACAAGUGACUAUAGACACAAAGGAGAAACGGAAUCUGUGCAAAUAUCCAGGGACGUUGUUGCGCCUCCUCGUGUGAAAAGAAGAGAUGGUAGUUUGCCACUUGAAACUCCAGGGAAAACUGCCCCUUGCAAACCUCUGAGGAGAAAAGACAGUGUGACUAGGGAGACACUUGUUCCAAAAACCAAUGACCAACAGGAUUUAAAAGCUAAGGACAGCUCUGCUUUGGAAACUACGGAUCCAGUUCGUCCUCAACCAUAUAAAAGCAUCUCUUUUGUCUCAGAGGCUCUUGAGCCUUUAGAGAGCAUUGAUACACCCAGUCAAACAAAUAUUUCAUUACUUCACCCCUCACAACCAGUAGGAAGAAAAGCACAAACAAGCAAACAAAACUCUGAUGAAACAGAUUUUGUUGGGAGUGCCUCUGCAAGGGCAGAUACCGAAAUACACAAAGAGCAACCCUCUCGUGCUUCGGAAUGCCAUGAGAAAGAUGUCAUUGCAUCUGUCCAGGUCACAGUGCUUCCCUCGGAAACAAAGGUAGUUGGGAGUAUCCCACCAAAGCCUGAACCAGACAGGCUUCAUGUUGAGCAAACUGCUUCUCUCUCAAUCAUUAAGAGAAUACAUCUUCCCCAACGUGGCAAGAAAUUCACUUCAAGCAAAUCCGGCAAAAUCUGCAGUGACAAGGAGUCUGUGAAACCAGUCCAGAUAAUAAACACUGGAGAAAUGCAGCAGUCAAAUAUUGCUGGUAACAAAACUGUUGAUAUGUUUGACAUUGUGUCUUCUCCGAAAAAAGAAGAAUCAUCAGAGAUAGGAGAAGCAGAGAAGGACAGACAAACAACUCUUUGUAUCCCAAGGCCACGUGAGAGAAAACGUCUCAGUGGCUCCUUCCAAGAAGACGUGACAGCUAUGGAGAGCACAUCAAAGCCUUCCCAUGGAGAACAUAGAGAGGCAGCCAAACAAGUUGGUCCUUUAGCCUUUUCCUCAACAACUAACAAAUUGUCAAAAGUGAAACAUACCAAACAAUUUCCCCCUCUUCCUUUGGGUGAUCAACCUUCUUCAUCCACAAAAGUAGUAAAUCCUGUGACGUUAAGGAGAAGUAGAUUGACCACUGAGGGCAGGGUUCAGGGCGAGGAUGGUCAUAUUUCAGAGAAGACACCAGGAGUUUCAGGCUUACCUGUACCAAAACCAAGAGUCAAAAAACGUCUCAGCGAUUCAUUUCCAGAUGCCACGUCACUUGACCCACCACCUCCCCGCAUGCCGGAAACAUUAACCGACAGCGCUGGGGAUCGAUCCGUCCAACAGAAUGAACAGCCAAGGUUGCCACAGCCGUUGCCGCGGGCCAAGAAACAUCUCAAAUUUGCAGAAUUGGAAUCGAGAAACCCAGAGGAUACAUCUGCCACUGGCAAGGAAACUAAGGAAGGCUCAACAUCGCUGGAUUCAAGUGUGAUCUCGGAUGGAGGUUUCGUCACAAUCCAAGGAGAAGAUAAUGGUGCAUCGCAGUUGGAACAGGAAGUGCUUGAAGCAAUGGGAGAAGAAGAAUUUCAUCAGGUGGACGUUGUUGAAGAUGAUGAGAAAAAACGAGAUGAGAUCAUCGAUGGCUGGACCUUUACAGAAAAACCUGUUGCCACAAUAGACUCGGAGAAGGCUGCACAGUGUAUGUCUCAGCAAGCUGACAUUGAAAAAAUCCUGAGAGAAGAGGUUGAUAGGGCUCAUACUUCCACAGUUGCAUCUUCUCAGGACGACUGGCUACACGUAGAUGAUAAAGACAGCGAACCAGUGGAAAUUAACUCAAGGAAGGAAAUGAGGGACGAAGAGUUGGACUUUGGCUUUGAGUCUGUAGAUGUAGAUGCUGGUUGUUUUGAGGAAGAAAGGCAGAGGGAGAAGUCACAGGUUGGUUGCCUUCACCAAGCCAAUGAAACAACAACACAGCAGAAAAGACCUGCAGAUGGGGAUGCGUCUCCGGAAGGUGUUUCACCUACUCCCAGCUUAGUGACAUCCAGCCAGUCUCUACUGGACUGGUGUCAGGAAGUCACACAGGGUCACAAGGGAUUGAAGAUCACCAAUUUCAGCACCUCCUGGAGAAACGGCCUUGCCUUUUGUGCUAUUUUACAUCACUUCCAACCAGAAAAUAUUAAUUAUGAAAUGCUGAACCCGUAUGACAUCAAGGACAACAAUAAGAAGGCCUUUGAUGGCUUUGCCGAACUUGGCAUUUCCAAGCUGAUGGAGCCUUCAGACAUGGUCAUGCUGUCAGUGCCUGACCGCCUCAUAGUCAUGACCUACCUCAACCAGAUCCGCACCCAUUUCACGGGCCAGCAGCUCAGUGUGCUCCACAUAGCGAAGGAUAGCAGCGAGUCCAGCUACGCAGUAGCCGCGGACCGGGAGGGACAAGAGGAUCCCGAGGCAACUGUUCGCUACUGUGCCCAGAGGUUGCAGGAGGAAGGGAUAAGUCUAGACACCAACGGGACUGCAGGCACCGCAGAGUCGGCGGACAAUGAAACCAAGGAGGUCGUACCACCUCCCAGAAGCAGACGGCAGCAGGUUGCUGGGAUUCAGCAACCAGUGGCACCGCCGAGGACUCAUUUCCUGUCCAAGACUGGGUUCUCUCAUGUCAAAGACGCGGAUCUGGUCAAGAAGCGUAGAUCACAGCGGAGGAGUGGCUCAUUUGAAGAAGGAGACAUUUCGGUGGUUGUUGCAGGCCAAAAUGAUAGUAUGAUUUCUCGGAGGAAGUCAGAUACUGAGAGAACAGAGGCUGAAGUUGAGGAGGGAAGACCAGAGGGCCAAGACCCCAGCGAGUAUGUGUUGAGUCAGAUAGAAGCCCUCGAAGCGGAACAAAGUCAUAUUGAUAACAGAGCAGGUGUUGUGGAGAGAAAACUCCGACAAUUGCUGGAAACGGGUAGUGACAAGGUGGAGGAGGAGAGGUUGAUUCAGGAAUGGUUCAUCCUGGUCAACAAGAAGAAUGCUUUAAUCAGGAGGCAGGACCAUCUGCAGCUUCUGCUGGAGGAACAGGACUUGGAGCGAAAAUUUGAACUGUUGAACAAAGAGCUAAGGGACAUAAUGGCAAUAGAAGAGGGGCAGAAGACUCUGUUCCAUAAACAGAGAGAGAAGCUGCUGCUUCAGGAGCUGGUUUCACUGGUCAACCAGAGGGACGAACUCGUCCACAACAUUGACGCGAAAGAGAGAGGAGCUCUGGAGGAGGAUGAGCGUCUGGAGCGAGGCCUGGAGCAGCGGAGGAGGAAGUACUCCAAGCAGCAGAAAGAAAAGUGUGUGAUGCAGUGAUUUUUUUGAACUCCCGGCCACAAAACGCUGCCUCACAGCGGCCUCCUGACAGGACACGGGUGUGAAGACAUGUUUGGUCCUCUUUUUACCUGCCGUCAGACUGAAGAGGACAUUCCCAUGUAGCGGGGGUCCUUCUGACCAAUUAUGAGGUGGAGUGAGACUCCUAGAAAUAACAUGUGGUGUUUCUGCCUACGUUUUAUGCCCUAUGUAUUCAAAAUGGGCUCUGAGAGAGAGAGAGAGAGAGAGAGAGAGAGAGAGAGAGAAAGAGAGAGAGACGCUUGCACGUUGCACGCUUGCUGUGUGUGUGUGUGUUUGUUUUUUUAGUGACUGUUACAGAUGUGAAUUUAUUGACAGUGUGUAUGCGAUUUGGAGAUGUCUGGUAAAGAGCUGCCAAAAACAAGAGAAUUAUUGCUGACGAUGUUGGGAUUGAAUUUUUGAUAGCUGAGGAAAUCAGCUCAGUUCAGGGGUAAAAGACUUGAGGUGUUGUUUUCAUCCUAUUUUUUGGUGGGAGAAAGGACAAGCGAAAGCAGCCACUUUAAAGAGAUUAUUGGGUAGAUUUUAAAUUGUUGCUGUUUUUUUUUCAAGUCGUCCACCUGAGAAGCAGCCACACAGAUAUUAAGAAAGCUAACUGCCCUCAUUUUGGUAACAUAUCUUUUCCGUCUGUGUAGGACAUGUUCACAUGCCACAGCAGCAUUUAUCCUCUCUGUAAACUGAUGUCAAUGGCAUUUAUACAUAUAGGAUUUUGUAUUUCACAUGUUGUUUAGGAAAUGUUCUGGUGAGACUUAAGUGGCUAAACACAUUCAAUGACUCCUGCCUUUUAUUUUGAAAUACCUUUAAAGUACCAGAUAAAUUUAUCCUGAAAUGAAAGGUAAAGAUGGGCAAUCUUUUUUCUUCGGCAGCCAAAAAGAGCUUAAAGGUAAUUAAAGCAAACCUCUUUUUAGAUUUGCACUGAAAAAUAUUUUUACUUCAGUGCGAGAAGGUCCUGUAGCAGCGCUGUUUAUUUUAUGUGUUUGCAGUUGACCCGUUGCCAUGACGGCUGCUUGUAGCCGCUCUGAUACCUCGUGUGAAUGAGCCACAACCUCAGAUAGAUUUCUGUUAUUAUUUGUGGUUUCAUGUUACAUUUGCACACAUUUGUAAAGUUUAGAAAAUAUAAAAGAUCUGAACGCA